AUGUCCAACACGGCUUCUGUGGUAUUUCUAGCUUUCACAAUUGUUGAAUCUUUGAUCAUUGUCUUUGCGAACAUUUUUACCAUCUACGUGUUUUGGAAACAUCGCAUCAGAUUGAGGAGAAACUCUUUUCUUCUCAAAAACUUGGCCAUUGCAGAUCUACUAGUUGGAUUGAUAGAGGCAAUAGCUUUAGGCGCCUCUGAUAUUCCAAGUAAUUUUGGAAAGGAGUCUCCGAUCAAAGACACACCGGUCGAAACCAUUUUACGUUUGUCUCGAUUAUCAUAUUUCUGUGCAUCGGUAGCUUUCCUCGUGAUGAUUUCGUUAGAGCGGACAUAUGCUUUAAUUUACCCUCUCCGCCAUCGGGUAUUAAGCUCGAAAUGGUACCACUGGAGUGCAUUCGUAGUCUGGAUGAUUGUGAUAAUCAUUUUUGUUACAUGGUGUCUGCUUUCUGAGUACGACAUCUUGAAAAACUCUUGGACAUCUUUCUACGCCUCCUUCACGCUCCUUUCCUUUGCUGUAAUCUGUGCAUCGUGUUACGUGAUCAGAAGAGGACUCAGCCGAAGAUUUCCUGUUCUAAAUACCGUUCACGACAUAAAAAAUGGAACUGAGCAAAACAGUAAACUUUCUAAGACUUUGUAUAUUAUGAUAGCUGCUUCUCUUGUGUGUUGGUUUCCGAGUGUUGUGGUUUAUAGCAUUUAUUUUCAGUGUGGGCGAAGUUGUCUCCCAAAAACUUUGUUUUCCUUCUCCUCAUGUUUUCGUUUGGCAAAUUCUUGGAUUAAUCCAGUCAUUUAUUGUUUGAAAUUUACCAUGUUUAAAAGAGCGUUAACUAGCAUGAAUCCUUGUAAACAGUCCCAACGUUACAGAGUUAGGCAAAGCUAAGUGUGUAAAAUAGUCGACCAUGAAAAAGCUCCUAACUUGAAUCUGAUAACGAAUUCUAGAUUGUCGAAAUGUCAGUCACUGCUUCCGAUAACAGUCCUUUUCAAAGCUAAUCUUAUCCAAACAAUCAAACUGUAUGAUCUAUAUUUUUAAAGUUGAUUUGAUGGUCGGAAAUCUUGAUUUUUCUCAAAAGGAAAGUGUAAGAAUCACUGAAGUAGCGCUUACGAGGAACGUAUAGUAAUGGCUACCUGAGGUAUUUAUUGCACUCAGCCUGUUGUGGUUUAUUGCAUUUAUUUUCCGUGAUCCAACGGACUAAGUCGCAGUAAUUAAGUUUCAGUUGAUCGAAUCAAACCAUACAAAAGGUUGUCUUUUUUCCCUUAGGGUGUCCGAACCUAUUGUACAUAUAA